AUGGCAGUGAAAGUCAGUCCUAAGCAGCAACAACAAGUUCUCAACCUUGCCCAGGAUGUCUGCCAAGCAGCUGCCAAAAUCCCAACACCAAAACAUACUGGGACAGCUUUGCACAUCCUUAGGGACACCAGAAUGUGUGGUGAGGGUGAAGGUUUAUUCCAGAGCAGUAUCUGCAGGGUGCUGCCCGCUGGAGUGCAGCUCCAGGCUCCGCCCUCUGCUCCGUUCACUGGUUUCCUGUUACAGGCCAGAGCGGUGGGGGGGCGUUCUCCUGUGGGCUCCUUCACCAGGACACCUGUGGACGCUCAGUUCCUCAGCUGCAGUCACACACCUAACUCAGCUGUAUCCCACACCUCAGAUUCAGCUAAAACCUCUGUGACUGUGACGUGGAGGACGACCAGAUCAGAUGAGACCAAACCCAUUCAGUUCCAUGCGUCAUUUGUGCAGAGUUUCACAACAUUCUGGGUCGGUGUUACCAGUCCAACUCUGAACUUCACUGGUCCCAGUACCAGUACUGGUCCCAGUACUGGUACUGGUCCCAGUACUAGUGGAGCCAACACCGUACCACCAACAGCCAGUUCCCCUGGCAUUUCCAGUAGCUCCUGUGGGGUCUCUAAAGUGUGUCUGAGUCAGCCGUCGAACUGCGACCCUGCCGUCGACACUAACUGUUACUUCAUGUCGGCCACGGUAUUAACGAGCAGCGACGCAGCCGUUCACUAUGAAAUAUGUGGACCGUCUGAUGGAUACGUGUCUGUGGGAUUCUCAGACGAUCAGAUUAUGGGAAAUGAUGACAUCUACAUCUGUGGGCUUGAUCACAUGGGUGGAGUUCAACUGCAGCACGCCUUCUCAACAGGACGAACCACACCGCAGACUCUACCUUUGGGUCAUGUUUCUAACGUGUCUACGUCAGUCCAGGACAGACUGAUCAGCUGUUCCUUCACCUCCAUGAAUGCCAUCUCUACUCAGAGGACAUCUGCGUCCAACACUUCCUAUUACAUCAUGUUUGCUCAUGGACCCAGCGCCAACGGACAAAUCCAGUUUCAUAGGGGAACUUUCAUCAGUAGUCAGAAGGUGGACCUCUCUAAACCUCAGCUGGUCACAAACGCUGGACUGCCUCAGAUUAUCAAAGCACAUGGAGCACUGAUGCUGAUCGCCUGGAUGAGCACAGGCUCAGUGGGAAUGAUCGUAGCCAGGUAUCUGAAGGGAGUGGCCAAGGGGCGGAGUCUGUGGGGGAAGGACAUCUGGUUUGUGGUUCACGUUGCAGUGAUGUGUGUGACGGUAGCAGCCACAGUGAUUGCAUUCAUCCUGUCCUUCUCCUCUGUUAAAGGCUGGUCUGGGGGAGCCCAUCCUGUGUUAGGAUGUCUGGUCAUGAUCCUGUCGUUGCUGCAGCCGAUGGUGGCUCUGCUGCGCUGUGGACCCCAGCAUCCACUGAGGUUUCUGUUUAACUGGUCUCAUGUGUUGAACGCUGUGGUGAUCAAAGCUUUAGCAGUUGCUGCCAUCUUCACAGGUCUGCAGCGGGUGGACAGCUCGUCGGACCAGUGGCUCAUUAAAGUCAUGGGUGGUUUUGUCGGCUGGGAAACUCUGCUCUUUAUUUUAUUGGACGUCAACUCCAAAUGCAGCGUCAGCGGUGCAGAUGCAUCUGAGUCACUAAAGAUAAAGGCUGGUCUUCUGCUUGUGCUUCUCUUCUGUCUGGGAAACUCAGCGUUCCUAGUGGCUCUGCUGGUGGGAAUCGGAAUGUCCUAACAAGAAACUAUAAAACCAAAUGAAGCCA